AUGUUGGCCAAGCCGUUGCUGUUGCUGUUGCUGCUGUACUGUGCGGCAUGCCACACGCAAUCCUUGCAGUUGAUCAACUGCAAUGCAACCCAGCUGCAGGCAGUGAGGAAUGUGACAAGCCUAACAACCUUGCGUCUGCACAACUGCAGGCUGGAGCAGCAGCAGCUGAAGAAUGCGAUCUUUUUGCGUUUCAAUCAGCUGCUCAGCCUCGAGUUGGAGCACAGCCAGCUAAAUUCCUUGGAGGACUAUGCGCUGCAUGGCUUGGCACGUUUGCAGCACCUCUCGUUGGCUAACAACAAUUUGAGCCUGAUUAAAGCCUGGUCCGAGCAGCCGUUGGCCGCCUUAACCUCACUCGACAUCAGCUUCAAUGCUUUGAUUCGCCUGCCAGCUCAUGGCUUCGAGCAAUAUCCCAAUUUGCAGCUGCUGAAUUUAAGCCACAAUCGUAUCGAGCAUCUGGAACCGGAUUGCUUUCAUAAUCUGUCGCAUCUCAAGCACUUGCAGUUGCAUAAUAAUCAUUUGCAACUAAUUGCAGCCAGCUACUUUCAUGGUCUUCAUCGGCUCUCGGGCUUGGGCUUGCAACACAAUCAGCUUAAGCAAGUGGAAGCUGCCUCCUUUGAGAGCAACACGCAUUUGCGCUCGCUGCACUUGGAACAGAAUCUCCUAGCUGAUUUGAAAUUCCUCAAAGACGCUGGCCUAACGCGCUUGGUGCAUCUCAAUCUAUCUAGGAAUUCGCUGGAGCAGCUGCAACCCUCAGGAUUCUCCAAGAACUUUGAAUUGCAAGCUCUGGAUUUGAGCUAUAAUAAGCUAAAGGAACUUCAAAACAAUAGCUUCAUAGGACUGGAGUCAUUGGAGCGCAUCAAUGUCAGCCACAACAGCUUAGAACACAUCGCUGUGGAUGCUCUACACCCACUGAGCGCCGUAUUCCAACUUGAUUUGAGCUACAAUCGGCUCAAAACUCUGCCUGAGAAUCUUCUGCAUGGCAACAGACAGCUGAAGCACAUUGACAUAUCGAACAAUCAACUGAGUCAACUACAUCCUGGCCUGCUACAGCAGUUGACACACUUAACUCAGCUAAAUCUGGCUAGAAAUCUGCUGAAUGAGGCUAGCUGGUUGCAGCGAUUGGCGCCUGGUCUAAACCGUUUGGCUUUGCGUGUGGAUCUUAGCUCGAAUCGGCUGCAGUCGCUCAAUCUGAGCAGUCUGCUCUUCUUUGAGCAAGUCCAGCUGUCGGACAAUCGCUGGAACUGCUCCUGGCUGGUCAAGCAUAUGCUUAGAACACCGCCCACUGCACUCAACUUUGCCCGCUCCUGGCCCAUGCUGAGCGCCUGGAGCGUUCAGCAAUUGUUAAAUAUACGUGGCAUCGAUUGCUUUGAUGGUCAACAGAAUCGCUCCAUUGUGCUGCUCGAUGUGAGCGCGGCUAGGCAACAGACGCCGCCGGAUUGUGACUGCAAGUCCUCGCAAGAGUCCAACAUCGAGCUGUAUACUCUAACGCCCCCUUUGACCUGGCCCAGAAUUCGCACAGAUCGCUUCGAUUCACGCUCGGUAAUCAUCUGGAUGCUGGCGGCCAUUGCGUUGGCCUUUGCGGGAUUGCGCUGGGGUCAGCGUUACAUGGAUCGCAAGGAGAGAAGCAAAAAGUUAAAAGAAAUUCAGGAUAAGCAGCAGCUGAUCAGAGUGGAAGCCUAAGCUCGAGGUGAUCGCAGAAGAUCGUAGGAAAACAACAAAAGUUAACAACUACAUUUUAUAUAAGUAUAAGCAAACUAUAACUAAGCAAAGCUUC